AUGCCAGCAUCGGGCGAACACGAGCGGUCAAGUCGCAAGGGACAAUACUCGUGUGACUUCUGCCGAGCACGCAAGCUUCGUUGCGAUCGACCACUACCCUGCACGAGCUGCAAAUCGCGCGGCAAGACAUGUCAUUUUGGCAACGCAUCUGCAGCUUCAAAAGCACGCGGAAGCACGCCCAUCUCUACUGUUCCCACUCUUCAGCAACAGCAGCACGUUGUUGCCCUUCCAACACCACAGUCACCACAGCAUUCUGGUCCGAAUCUACUGGCUGAAAUACAGGCGUUACGGAAGCUAACACAAGAUUUGGAGAAACGUGUCAUCGAAAACACCAACGACCAGCAGCAGCAUGGCCAUGAUGGCGGCGGCGGCGUCUUCCUCCCGCCUUCUACUUCGAGCCCUGAGUCUGUUUCCAGCCCUGACGGAGUUGGACAAACUCCGCUCUCCAACCUUGGGGAGGUAGGCGAAGUAAUGGCUCACCUCGAGCGCGUGUCUAUGAGCCAGCACUCCCCCGAAUCCGUAUAUGUCGACGAUCUGGUGUUCAAGAUUGAGCGUAUUCGGGACAUCCCGCAGGCACCCGCUUACACCGCGCGACUGGGCAAGCCAACGCCGUGUAUAUGGCUACCACAUCAUGCCGAAGCCAGGGUACUUGUCGACAACUAUAUCACCCAAAUCAGCUACAUUCAGCAUAUCGUGCAUCAUCCUUCCCUCCCGGCUACCAUUGACGACGUCUACCGACAGAUCCAUGGCCAACAGCCUGUCAAGCCUAGCAGCCUAAUCCUUCUGCUAAGCAUUAUUGCCAGUGCGACGCACGUGUGGGCACCACGGGACGACAUUGACAGCGAGAGCUCUCUGUUCGUGUCGUCGGCUCAGGCUCAUGCGCAGACGCCCUUGUGGAUCAAGGCAACGUAUGCUGUGCUCAAUGCUACACAAAAUAGUGCGGGACUUGCGCUGCAAACGAUCCAGGGUAUCAGCAUUCUUUCCUUGGUCCUCUGCAAUGUAGAAGGCGUCUCAUUGCGGUACCGGUCAUUGAUCUCCACUGGGUUGUUUCUAGGUCGUGAGCUAGGUCUUCAUCGGAUUGAUCAUGAGUCUAACGCCGCUACCUCUAACACCCUUCAGGCCGAGAUGGGUCGCCGUGUUUGGUGGAUAUUGGCAUCGAAAUUCGGUGGUCCGGGCCAGGGCGUUUACCAAGUCCAUUUGCUUCACAUGAUGGUUAACAAACCACGCAACAUCAACUACGUAGAUCUGCUUCCUAGUGGGCCCCAGCCAGAACUGCCCAUAUCUCAGCCGACUGACAUGUCGUACUUCCUCCAACGAAUUCGCCUGGCCGAGAUAUCACGAAGCAUGGUCGACCUCGCCGCUACUAGCUCCGGCCGGCCGAGUUACUAUGCCCACAUCACUGCUAUGGACUUUGAACUCGACCGAAUGAUCCAAGACAUCCCACCUUUCCUUCAGCUAGAAAGAUACGAGGGCAGCCCGGACUCCAACAAAACAAGUAGUGUCUUCAUCCAGGCGUACAUGCUGAACUCGAUGUUGCACGCACAGCGAUGUAAGCUACAUCUCGUCUACCUCACAUCUAAGCCCAAUCACAACCUAGCAUACGCGACUUCGCGGGAUACAUGUCUCAAGUCAGCACGACAGAUUAUCCGCGGUGAGGUCCAGCUGCUACGGUCGCAGCAUUCCUUCGUGCGGGUCCGGCUGCGCCUGGCAGCUAUCCUACACAGUACCUUCAUGGCCAGCAUUGUGUUACUGAUGGAUGCGUGCGUCAACCGGCGUACCUCGUUGGAAGAGGAGGUCCUUGUUGGUGAUUUGGCUGAGGGGCUGCGCAUCAUUCAAGAUGCAAGAGGCUACUCGCUAGCAGCGGCGAGCCUGCAUGAGUCGUUGAUGCAGAUUCUGGCUAACCAUCGUGCCCAGCAGCAGCAACAGGGGGGCACGUUUCCUGCUGCUUCUGCUGCCACUGCUGCUCCAGUCCUAUAUGCUGAAUCGCGUAUGUCAAGUCCUACUCAGGCUGCUCGGGAUCAGCCGUUCCAGAAUCUAGACGGUUCAAUGUUCCUCGAUAACAUCCAGUGGGAUGACUUGUUUUCCGGCGUUGCCUCGUCUUCCUUCUUCUGA